UACUCUCUGUGCUACACGACCAUGACUAUCUCAAUCGACGCAUCCGAACACCUCGUCAAAGCCGUCACAGUCUUCAGCUCCUCUAAGGCUGAGAUCGUUCGUACCUUUACCGUAGACCUCGAAGAAGGGCAAAAUGAGCUCUCCAUCACUGGUCUUCCAUCUUGUAUGGACAUCGACUCUGCACGCGUCACCGGUCUCGGAGACGCCGUGCUCUUUGAUGUUGUGUGUACUGUCAUCGAUGCGCGUGAUAUGCCUCCGAGUUCGGAUGGUGACGCGCUGAGGGCCCUCGAGCGUCGCCGUGAAGUGUUACUGGGCGAGAAGAAACUGCGGGGCAGAGCAGCAGAUAUCAUGGUACAGUACGGACGCUCUAUGACUGCCGAGUACACCACUCCGGAAACUAUAACUUCAUUCAUGGAUACUCUUGUUCAACGUGGCGCAAGUUCGCUUGAGGAAGCUAAAGCAUUCGACGAGCAGAUCGCAGAGUUGGACGAAGAGAUGGAGAAGGAAAGGCGAAGACUGCGGAAGGAACGUCAGAAACCUGCAGCUCGUGGUCGUGUCACCACCGUUAUCAUGGCUAAGCGUGCUCGCAAGAUUGAAGUCACGCUCACCUAUAUGGUGAGCAAUGCAUCGUGGUCCCCAUCUUAUGACUUGCACGCUACCACAGAGGAUGGUAAGCCUUCUCGUACUGUGUCGCUGCACUAUCGUGCAUCCAUCCAGCAGAAUACGGGCGAGGACUGGCGCGACACAGCAGUCUCUGUUAGCACUGCAAGGCCGGGAACGUGGACGUCGAUUCCCACUAGACGAGCCAUGAAGAUCAGUCCUGGCGCAGUGCAGGCAAUUGCACAUGUCCAACCUUGUGUACUGCCGGCGUCGCAGCCAGGGCAGUCUGCAACUGAGUCGAACACAGUCGUGCCUGCCUUUUGUCCUCCUGCCUCUCCUCCUCGUGUCGUUAUCGUACCAUCAUCACGAUCCCGCCGUUCGCCUUCACCCGACGAAGUUUAUUUCUACCGGCGUGGGUAUUUGCGUUCGCGUUCGCGUUCACGUUCCCGUUCACGUUCAUUUUCACCCGCUGAGGGUCAUCGUCGCCGACGUUCACCUUCACCCGCUGAAGAUCAUGGUGACUGGCACUCCGUCGAACCCCAAUAUGAAAUGGCCGUUGCAAGUGACAACAAUGAUAUUGCUUGGGGUGAAACAAAGACAAUUGUGACUGAAAGCGCCGUGUCUAGUUCGUUCCGAAUUGACGGAAACUGCACGAUUCCUAGCGAACGGACAGCACACAAGGUCGCAAUUGCUCUUCUAUCCUUUGAUGCGAAGAUGAACUAUAUUACGGUUCCGCGGUCGACACCCACGUCGUUCCUUGAAUGCGAAGUCAAGAACACGAGCCAGUAUCUCUUGCUUCCCGGUUCCGUAAAUGUGUUCUUAGACAACAGUCCAGUAUCAAAGACCACUCUCAACGACGUCAAUCCAGAGGAAGUAUUCAAAUGUACGCUCAGGCCUGACCCGGCUUUGCGUAUCAAAUGUACUCGUUUGCCACCAGUCGUUACAACUUCCGGCUCUGAAUACGUUGCACAAACGAAGAUCACAACGUACAAAAUCUUUACAAUCGUCCAGAACGGGCAUAGCUUCCCCGUCAAAGGUUUGCAAGUUCGCGAUACCGCUCCCAGCACUGGAGAGACGUCGGACAAGAAGGAGAUCAAAGUUGUAAUCAAACUCCCCGAAGGCCUGGCUGAAGCCGCACCUGACGCAGUUGUUGACGUUCCGAAGGCAUCUGUACCUGAUAAAUCUUCAGUGAAGGUGCACUGGGAAGAGAAGGGUGGCGAGAAGGAGGGGAAGUAUGUCUGGUUGGUGGACUUGAGUCCUGGAGAAGAAGUCAAGUUGGAAGCGGAGUACGAGGUUCGCGCGCCCGAGAAUUAUGUGUGGCACAUGCGCGAGGAGUACUUCAAUUGAUGGCUGGCAGUUUUAUCUGGCCUAGUGCGCACGCUGUGUGAUGUACAACGUAUAGUGUAAUUGUACCCUGAGAUAAAUGACCUGACAUGGCGUUUAUGUGAUGAGAUUAAUGGAUAGAUCGAUUGCUUGGGUACUCUACGAUAGAGGCUGGGCCAUUUUGUGGUGCGACAAAGAACUGAGACAUAGGAUGUGCACGCAGCUCUGCAUUACUCCACCAUGACUAUCUCCAUCGACGCAACCCUCCACGAUGUCUGUUCUGCCACUAUCUUCACCUGCUGCUCCAGUGCUCAGGUCUUCCGCAUGUUUAUCGCAGACCUUGUAGAAGGGCAGAAUGAGAUC